AUGCAGAAUGGAGAGCACGUGCAGCAACUGACCAUCGAUCUGACCACUGCCAGCAACGAAAAUUUUAUUUUGGACUUGCACAUGAACACGCAACUUUUUUCAUCGAAUUAUGAAGAACGGGUCGUUGAUGCAUCAAACAUUCGUUACAAUUCUUUUGCUCAAGUGAAAAGUGUGGACGGAGUGAAUAAAACUUUGAAGCAGUUGUACCAAGCUCUAGGUAGUUCAAACAAUGCCGCAUUUAACAGGAUCAAGUCCGUUGUCAAUGCUGCCAACGCUUUAUACAACAGUGUGGGUAUCUAUUUAAUACUGGUGGGUUCAGAUAUUUGGACUUCACAGCAAAUCACUGUUGACCCGGACAUAUCAAAAACUCUGGAUAACUGGUACAUAUAUAAAGCCAACUCUCUCAACGGGAGAGUCGCCAGCCAUGAUCACGCCGCUCUCAUUUCAGCUCAAGUAUUCACUUCAAACAUAGUUGGAAAGGCCAUGUUAGGAAAGAUGUGCGACUCUAUAAACUCGGGAAUCGUCAUUGAAGUAGCGGACCGCGGAACAACUGGAGCAGCAUAUCCGGCAGCUAUAUUAACCCACGAAAUGGGACACAGUUUUGGGCUAACGCAUGAUGAUUCAUGCGCCUGCAGCGACGCUGCUUGCAUAAUGAAAACUUCAAUCAAUCCCAGCAGUCCUCCGACAAAAUUUUCGUCGUGUUCGUUGAAUGAAUUUGCAAACAAUUGGAUUAAAGGUUAUGACCUUUGUUUGUGGAACAUUCCAGACAUCGUCGCAUCUUCAACCUGCGGAAAUGGAGUGGUGGAAGAUGGAGAGACGUGUGACUGUGGAGGGCUACCUUCCGACGUUUGCAAUCCGUCCUGUUGUAAUAAGGUUACUUGCCAGCUCGUUUCAACGUACCAAUGUGCUUCUGGUCUCUGUUGUGACCUGCCCACGUGCAAAUUUUACCAAGCCAACACAGUUUGCAGAGGAGCCAGUGGCACGUGCGACAUUCAGGAAUUAUGUGGUGGCACGUCAGCUUACUGUCCCGAGGACACGUACAAACACGAUGGCACCCAGUGCGCUGUUGAUGGAGUAACAGCUUAUUGCUCGGAAGGCAAAUGUCGAACUCGUGACACACAAUGCGCUUUCGUGUGGGGCAGUGGAAUCAAAAGUUCUCCAGAGUCCUGUUACACUAAUAAUAAUAUGAAGGGGAUGUUUUCAGGAAGUUGUAGACAAACGUUAACACUCAACCCAACUUAUUAUCCGUGUGCUGCAGGUGAUGUUUUAUGUGGCCAGCUAUUUUGCGAUACUUCUAAAUUUAGCAACACUCAACUGCGAUCUAAUUCCAAUGGAUACGUUUCAUUCGGUACAACACUAACAUGUAUUUUCGCCAUUUUCAACUUUGGAACACAAAUUCCGAAUCCUGGCUAUGUUCCAAAUGGAGCCUCUUGUGGAAACAACAAGAUGUGUUACAAUAAUGCCUGCACACCUGUGUCCGAUAUUUUGUCCAUUACUUCUUGUGCAAGCAGUUGUUCGAGCACUGGAGUCUGCAACAAUAAAGGGACCUGUCAAUGUUCAAAUGGUUUAACGUAUCCGCAAUGUUCUGGCAACAUAAUCACAAUUGUGCCUCCAAGUGGUACCACCACCACAACUACUACUACAACUCAAGCUCCAAAAUUAAACAGAUCGUGUGUCAUUAAUUAUUCUAUACCUUUAUUGAUAAUUCUUUUAAUCAUGCUUUUUGGUUUGGCAAUUUAA